UCAAAGAAUCACCAUGGCGACGGCGCCAUAGAGAUUCAAAAGAAACAAUUAUAAACAAUCAAAAACAGUCGUUGCAGCUGAGGGACUGAUUAGAGCUCUUCGCGAGCAACAUUUUAACUUUUUUUUUUACCGUUUUAUGUCAAUAACAUCGUUUUUUUGCAGAUAUUGUAAGUGGCAUCGUUUUGUUUUAAGUUAAGUGUAACUUACAUCUAAAAAUAAUUAUUUACGCACUGAACACAAUCUAAUAAGCGAUAACAUAUUAAGGUGGUUUUAAACGAGUAUUCUUUCAAAACCUGGCGAUCGAAAGUCUAUUAAAUUCACCAACUUUUUAAUAUCUUGCACUUAAGAUAUCAUGGAAGUAUGGGUUGGUCCUUGGAAGCCCCACAGGCCAAGGGGCCCCAUUGCUGCAAUGUAUAACAGUCCAGGGCCAACAUAUGCUCUGCCAGGGGCAACUGGAAUGAACAACCAUGACCCGAGGAUGCAGAAAGGCCCAGCGUUUAGCUUCGGCACACGUCAUCGUGACAUGCAGGCCAACUUUUCCCCAGGUCCUGGAUACCUCAUUCCCUCCAACAUCACCCGGGUGGGUCGGGAUGGAACCCCCGUGUACUCCGUCUAUGGCCGACCUAAGGAUAUUCAGCCCUUUAAAACCCCUGGCCCAGGCAGUUAUUCCCCUGAAAACGCAGCAAAAACCAUCUUUUACUCUUCCCCUGCGUUCUCGCUGUCGGCAAGGACUAAACUGUUCCGUAACGAUCAAACACCAGGUCCAGCUGCAUACAUGCUUCCCCCAGUAUUAGGGUCGAGAGUUGUGAAUAAAGCAUCUGCCCCAAAUGUCUUCUUCGGCGGUCGUAGCGCAAUCGGCAGCUUCCAUGAAGAUCUACGGAAGACUCCAGGCCCAGGGACCUACCAUGUGGUGGAUUCAGGUGUGUACAAACACAAGGCCCCUGAGUACAGCAUGACCGGACGCAACUUCACACCUGGAGACACUACAAAGACACCAGGACCUGGAGCCCACCAUCCAGAAAGGGUUACUUUCACAGGAAUCAAAGCUCCCAGCUAUUCCUUUGGAAUUCGUCAUUCUGAGUACACCGCUCCUUUAAUUGUGGAUGCAGCUGAUUAAACAGCGCCGUCAUCCUGGCUGCCUCUUCAUCUUCUAGAAACUGGU